AUGGAAACACUAGGCGACCGAAAGACCGCUUGUCACUCGUUCCAAAAACGAAAUGACCGCAUCAAUCACAACACCGCGACUAGAGGUGAGCGUGGCUCCGGGCACCGGGCACCGGGCACCGGGCACCGGGCACCGGGCACCGAUGAAGCCCCAAUCGGCACACCAGAAGCAGCGAAGCGGCGCGAGCAGUGGCCGCUGAGCGGCGCGUUCGCGUGCUGGCAGGCGGCGCUGGAGAACACGCGCGCGCUGUCGCGCGACCACGCCGCGCUCGCUGAGCUGUACGGCGGGCCGCUCGCCGCGCGCCUGCAGCGCGCCGCCGACGACGUGCUGCGCCUGCACCGCAAGUGCCGUGACAUAGUGUGCGAGCGGCACGAGGAGAUCGGCGCGGCGCUGGCGGAGGCGGCGGCGGGCGGCAAGGCGCACGCGGCCGCCGCGGCGGAGUGGCGCGCCGCCGCCGUCAAGCUGCGCGCCGCGCACGCCGCGCGCGCCGCGCUGCCCCCCGCCGACCCGCCGCGGCACAAGAAGCUCAAGGCGCUCGACAAGGAGCUCGAGAAGCGGCGAGCGCGGCACAGCGCGGCGCGCGCGCGGGCGCUGCGGGCACGCGCCGACUACGUGCUGAGCCUGGACGCCGCCAACGCCACGCUGCAGCGCUACUACCUCGACGACGUCGCCGACAUCAUGCUGUGCACGGAGGUGGGGUUCGAGGCGGUGGUGGGGCGCGCGGUGCGCACGGCGGGCGCGGCGGAGGGCGCGCGCGCGCGGGCGCUGGGCGGCGCGGCGGGCGCGCUGCUGGCCGCCGCCGACGCGCUGGACGCGCUCGCCGACCGCCAGCGCGCCGUGGCGGCGCACCCCGCCGCCUUCGCGCUGCCGCGCCCGCUGCCCUUCGCCGGCGACGAGCCCGCCGCGCAGGACGCCGCCAUGCGCGCGCUGCUCGACGGCGCCGCGCCCGACCACGACGAGGGCACGGCGGCGCUGCAGGGCGAGCUGCGGCAGCGCCUGGCGCAGCUGGACGCGGCGGCGCGCGCGCUGCGGGCCGAGUGCCGCGAGCACGCCAAGACGCUGGACGCGGCCGAGGCCGAGCUCGUGCGCCAGAUGGAGGGGCCCGACGCGCUGUGGGACGUGGGCCAGCUGUUCGGCGCGCCGCCCCCCGCCGCCGCGCCCGGCGCCCCCGCCGCGCCCGCCCCCGCCGCGCCCGCCGCGCCCGCGCCCCCCGACGACGACGCGCCGCGCCGCGACCAGGAGGACUACUACCUCACGAAGUUCCGCUCGUACAUGUCGUGCGCGGGGCGCCUGGCGCGGCUCGAGAGCAAGGCGGCCGCCGUGCGCGCGCGCCUGCUGGGCGCCGCGGGGGCGCCGCCCGGGGGCGCGGGGGCGCCCGGCGCGGACGCGGGGGCGCCGCCCGGGGACGCGCUGCGCUCGCCGCCGUCGCCACCGCGGCGCGCGGGCGGCCGCCGCCGGGGACAGUUCGCGCCGCCGCUCGACGACUCGCUGCCGCUCGUGCUCACCUCCUGCGUGCGCGUCAUCGCCGGAUACGGGCUGAAGCAGCAGGGCAUCUUCCGCGUGUCGGGCUCGCAGGUGGAGAUGAUGGCGCUGCGCGGCGCGUUCGAGCGCGGCGAGGACCCGCUGGCGCGCGUGCGCGACGCGUCCGACAUGAACUCGGUGUGCGGGCUGCUGAAGCUGUUCCUGCGCGAGCUGCGGCCGCCGCUGCUGCCGCCGCAGCUGCAGGGCCGGCUGCUGCGCGCGGCCGCGCAGCCCGACGACGCCGCGUUCGCGCGCCGGCUGCGCGACGCGCUGGCGCCGCUGCCGCCGCCCGCGCUGCUCGUGCUGCGCUACCUGUUCGCCUUCCUGCACCACCUGCACCAGCACAGCGACGCCAACAUGAUGGACGCCUGGAACCUGGCCAUCUGCCUCGGGCCCACGCUGCUGCCCGCCUGGGGCGACGGCGGCGACCAGGUGGCCGCGCAGAACUUGGUCAACGAGCUGAUCAAGCGCACCAUACUGCUGCACAAGGAGGUGUUCCCGCAGGACAUCGCCCCGCACACGCUCUACGUGCCGCCCGUGCCCGACGAACCGCAGCCGGGCGAGAGCGAGGUGGAUGGCGCCGCAGCCGAGGGCGAGAGUGUGAAGUCGUCGGAGGGCGCGGACGACGCGCUCAGCGACUGCGGCGACGCCGCUUCGCACGCCGCACAAGCCGCACACGCCGCACAAGCAGCGCACGCCGCACAAGCCGCACACGCCGCACACCAGUUGACCCGGGACGACGCUUCGCUCUACGAGGACGACGAUGACACUGAAUUGGAACUAAGCGACGAAGGCGAGCCUGAAUGGAGAGACAAUCACAGAUGUUCCGGCGAUGAGACGCACACACAGAGCGGCGCCGCCGCGCCGCCCGACGCGCGCCGCCCGCCCGCGCCCGCGCCCGCGCCGCCGCACGCGCACGCGCACGCGCACGACGCCGGCAGUCGAUUGGCGGAGAGCACGCCCGAUCUGGUGCUGGACCUGCCCGCGCGCGACCCCGCCGACACGUUCCUCCACAAUCGCGACACGCUUAAGAAGCGGCCCGCGGGCGUGCCGGCCCCCGGUGCCCCGCCACCCGGUGCCCCGGCCGCCGACCCUCCACCGCACGGCGUCCCGCCGCCCGGUGCCCCCGCCCCCGACGGAAGCCCCGUGCCCGCGCGGAACACGCUGCGCGUGGCGGCCAAGUUCGCGGAGCUGACGCUGACGGGCGGCUCGCUGAAGCCGGCGCUGGCGGCCAAGCCGGCGCUGCUGCGGCGCCCCACGCCGCACCCUGCGCACACGCGCCCCGCGCCCCCCGCCGCGCCCGCCGGCCCCGACGCGGCGCCCUAGCCGCGCCCAUGCGGCGCCCCGCCUAGCUUAGCGAGGGCGCGGAGGUGCUCCCACUGGUCUCCUUUGACGCCGGGUGCUAUCGAGUGCUAUGUAGGCGAGAUGCGACGUUGUCGUCGAUAUAGUCUUUGUAGAUUUUGGAUCCUUUUAUUUUAAAAAAUAUAUUCCGAAGGAGAUUUGCAUUUUUAAAGUAUCGUAAUGCGACUUUAAAUUUCACACUACCGCCGUCGAAUAUUUUUCCUUUUUGAAAUAGUUUCAAUAUAUUCAAUAUCUUAGUAAUACUAUGUAUACGUGUACGAGAGGCGCAAAGUGCGAUGGCGGCAAGUGGCGGGCCGCGGUGCGAGCGAGACGGAAGGAGCGAGAGCGAGCGAGACGGCUCGCCGUCGAGUUGCCGUUUUGAGAUUAUUUUAUUCUGCAUUUAUUGUAAUCGUAUGUUUAAUAUCGACGUAUUGAUUGUGUAUAUUUUUGUAAGCGCUUUUGACUGAGAUGACGUGGACGGCGAGCUGUCGUCCGAAGGUUUUGUAUUAUCGUAUUGUAUUUUAUUGUAGGGUAUUUAUAGUAUUUUAAAUAUUUUUGUACGCGUCGCCGCGCCCGGCGCCGCUCUAUUGGUCUGUAACUGUAUCCGCGUACAAUAAACAGUAUUACGAAA